AUGCCAUCAUCUAGCACCACCGCUCAGAAGCGUUCGGCUUCGACCUUUGUCCCUCCUGUCGCUGGUCCCCACAACAAGAAACCUAGACCGGCACCUCAACAGCGCAACCGUAGCGUGACACCCAUCAUUCCCAUCGAUCCUACCCUUUCCAGCAGUCAGAGCUCAACUACGACCACCAAAUCUACAGCCUCUAGCAAAGCUUCAGCCACCAGUGCCAAUCAAAAGACUCAGUGGAAGUCUCUCACGAACGCGGACGGGACGCAGAACGCCGAGGAUGUCAUCGUAGCCUGGCUGACGGAAGCAGAGAAUUACGACUGGUACAAGCAUCUGCAGAAGGCUGGAAGGCAGGCCUGUUGCGAGCAGAUCCUGACGAGUAUCAAGGAAGCCGGUAUCAAGUGUGACAAGACGCCAUCGCAUGUAGAGUCGAAGAUACGGGGAAUUACGGAUGCGUGGAGAGAUGCCGAUAGCGAGUGGUUCUCGACUGGAAACGGAGUUACCCUGGCGGAUAUUGAGGAAGACGAGAGCAACAUGAGCCAGGCAGAGAGGGAAGAGAACCAGAGAAAGAAGAGGACUCGGGCGGUCUUUACAGCGAAUUUUGAGAAGAAGUAUCCGUAUUACCAAGUACUCGCACCUGUCAUGGGUUCACGCACCGCCAAUCGGCCCUCUACCUUGCUUGAAACCGGCCGAGAAGACUCAGUCUCGCUCGAAGUCCAGCUCGGUCUAGGCCAUACUCAGGAUGACGAGAUCCCUGAAGACUCCGGUCCUAGUCGGAACUCUCGUGGCUACGUUGGAGGUGACGAUUCCUUUGGAGGCGGCGACCCCAAUCACGAUUUUGAGAAGGAUGCGGAUUACAUUCGCCUGUUCUCGAAGGAGGCGGAAAGGGAUGUGGACGAUUAUGGCGAGCCUGAGACGGAUGACGAGACGAACACGUCUAGGCUCCUGUCUCUCCGAAAGAGCAAUCAGCUUUCCCCUACCGGCUCGAACUCAUCUCGAUCUACCAACCGUUCCUCUACUAAAGCUGCACCUCGAGACCCGGCGUUGGUCAAGGAUGCGAGCAAGAGGAGCAGGAAGGAGCAGCCUGCGGACGACUUCCUCUCCCCGAUCACCAAGAUGAUGGAAGUCAAUGCGGCGAUGGACGCACAAUUACUUGCUGCGGACAAGGCCCACAAAGAGAGGACGUCUGGCCUGGAGGAGAGGAGGGUCGCGAUUGCUGAAAGGGAAUACGAGGAUAAGGCCGCCGAGCGCGCUGCCAAACGUCGUCAGGAGGAAGUAGAGCACGAACAGAAGUUGAGGAUGGCCGAGGCGGAACAUACCGCCAAGUUGAAAGCGGAGCAGGUCAAGGAGGAGAGGGAAUUGCUCUCGGCUAAGCUGGCCAUGUUUGAGAAGUAUAUCGGCCACGGCUUGUCAGCGGCUGAUGCGAAACAGGCCGCCGGUCUAUAG